UCUCUCUGUCUCUCAUUCAUUCAGGUCUCAGUUGGGGAGGACAUCACACCUCCUGCACUCUCUCUAUCUCUGCACUCUUUGUCUCUCUAUCACUCUCAGUCCUUUCCUCCGUCCGUUCUCUCUCUCUCUGAAUCAUGUCCAGUUUGAGUCUCCUGUAUGUUUAUCUGAGCGCUCUGAUCCUGCUGCUGCUGCCUGCGGUGUCGGAGGCUCAGUACUACGACCUGACGCCGGCUCCCGACUACGACGACUACAACGCCACCUUCGACUACAGUUUCUACAGUAACGCCAGCAGCGAGGACCUGGACAAGUUCAGUGAGCGUUUCAUCGACCCGGAGGAUGAGGACCAGCAGGAGGACACGGGGGGGUCGCGGGAGGGACAGGAAGUGACUGUUACCAUGGCAACUACCCCAGGAACCACAGAGCAGGGCUGGGUGGACGGUCGUAACUCCGCAUCACUUCCUGUUUCUCUGGACAUGAAGACGCUCGUCUGGGUGAUCCUGAUCAGCCUGAACCUGCAGCUACAACACACACUGUGACACACACAGACACAGCAGCUGACGAUCGGUUGGAUCCUGCAGAGUCCAGCGUGGGUAGCAUGAUCCGAGGAGUGACCUCUAACCUCUGCGGAGAGGAGCCCCGGCUUCCCUCAGCGUGGCCUUCCAGGCAGACCAGCUCGGCCAAUCACAGAGCGUUCACAGUUUACUGCACUGAGAGUCACAAACUCUUCUCAUUAAUAUCAAACUACAUCACGUUAAUCACCUUUUCACUGUUUUAUUCAAACACGCAAGAUCAAACAAAACCAAGAUCUUCUCUCCACGGUGAGAUGAUCUAUAAAAAUAUAAAUAUGGAAGUUCAUUAACGACAAAACUGUUGAGUGAGAGAAAAAUAUAAUCAGACUCCACAAGGAAUUCACAGAGAACGCGACUCUAAAAAUGAAGUAAAUAAAAUUUGAAAUGUCAUUUAUUUUUUAUAUACACAUUUGAAUUAAAAUGAAAUUAUUUAUUAUGAAUAUCAUGUUUGAAUUCUCCCACUCCGAAUGAAUACUACUUUUUAUCCGGACGUAUAAGUUCUACUGCAGUACUGUUUUGUUGUUAGUGAACUUCCACAUUUGUUUCAUUAGAAACAAAUGAACAUUUUAUUUAGAACUGUAUUUAUAAUGUUGAACUCUUGUUGACAUGGACUUUU